AUGUCAUGGAAUAAUGCAAAUGAUGUUGAAUAUAAUUAUUUAUUCAAAAUCCUAAUUAUUGGUGAUAGUGGAGUUGGAAAAACAGCUAUUUUACAACGCUUUUCUCAAAAUUGUUUCUCAACUGAAUAUUUAGCUACUAUCGGUGUCGAUUUUCAAAUUCGAGAAAUUGAUGUGAAUUCAAAACGUUGUAAAUUACAAGUAUGGGAUACAGCUGGCCAAGAUCGUUUUAAAUGUGUUGUAUCAUCAUUUUAUCGUGGUGCACACGGUGUUAUGGUCUGUUUUGAUAUAACUGAUCCGGACAGUUUUCGUAAUGUCAACAAUUGGCUUGAAGAAGUAAAAAGAUACUGUCAAGAGAACACACCUGUUUAUCUUGUCGGUACAAAAUCUGAUUUACAAGCAAAACGUAUGAUUACUUAUUCAACAAUAAAAGCAUAUGCUGACGAAAAAAACAUUUCCUAUAUUGAAACAAGCUCAAAAACAAGUCAAAAUGUUGAUAAUUGCUUCAUUAGUUUUGCAACUGAAUUAGUCAAACAUUCUGAUGAAUGGAAACAGCCACCCCAUAUAGAAAAAACAAUAAUUCCAUUACCACCUGAUACAAACCCGGUCACCGAUGGUGGUUGUUUUGGAGGAAAAUCAUGUACUAUUUAA